GAUUUUACUGUGGGUGGCUGUACUGAUAAAAAGACAGGUAAGAGGAAGGAACUUCUUUCAGAGCAGGAACUUUAGUAUCAGGGAGAGAGAGAGAGAAACUGCAUCAAGAAAGGAGAGAGAAAACAGACGAGUAUUGGGCAUCAGUCUAUAACAGUGACUACAAGAGGAGGCUGAGAAAAAUGAACAAAAAGAAACUUGCUUUAUCUGAUUUAUCAGUGUUUAGUUUUCAAAAGAAAGCUGCAAAAGAGGAGCAAGGACACACAAACAACUCUAAUGUGGAACAAAAUGAUGAAAACACAGAACGUGGCAACUGGUCAUCAAAAACAGAAUACUUGCUGUCCAUGGUUGGAUAUGCAGUGGGACUUGGAAAUGUUUGGCGAUUCCCUUAUUUGGCCUACAGAAAUGGAGGAGGUGCCUUCCUUAUUCCAUACACCAUCAUGCUAGCAUUUGCUGGCUUGCCAUUAUUUUUUCUGGAAUGUUCACUGGGACAGUUUGCCAGCUUGGGGCCAAUUUCAGUUUGGAACAUAGUGCCAAUAAUAAAAGGUGUGGGUAUAACUAUGGUCCUGGUAUCAGCAUUUGUGUCUAUGUACUAUAACUGCAUAAUCGGUUACAGCUUGUACUACAUGUUUGCAUCCUUCCAGUCUCGCCUACCUUGGGCCGAUUGUUCAGAAUGGUCAGAUAAAACCUGCAGCAAAACUCCACUUGAAAUGUGUAAUAUGACAACGAACUACAGCAAUCCUUUGAUAGUAAAUAUGACAUGGCUACAAGAAAACAAUCUGACCUGUGCAAAUCAAAGCAUAUUACGUUUACCAUAUGAAAGCCCUACAGAACAAUACUGGGAUAAAGUGGCACUCCGCCGUUCCAGUGGCAUGGAUGAAACUGGUGAAAUUGUAUGGCAUCUCGCUCUCAGCCUGCUCCUGGCCUGGAUAAUUGUAGGAGCAGCCCUGUUCAAAGGAGUUCAAUCUUCUGGAAAGGUUGUUUAUUUCACAGCAAUAUUUCCUUAUGUGGUAUUAGUGAUUCUGUUUAUACGAGGUGUCACUCUAGCAGGAGCACGUGACGGCAUUGAAUAUUAUAUUGGAACACAGUCAGAUAUCACGAGGCUUACAGAUUCAGAGGUCUGGAAAGAUGCUGCCACACAAAUCUUCUUCUCUUUAUCAACAGCCUGGGGAGGUUUAAUAGCUUUAGCUUCAUACAACAAAUUUCACAGCAACAGUUUUUCAGAUGCUAUUCUGGUUUGUGUUACAAACUGCCUCACAAGUGUUUUUGCUGGAUUUGCCAUAUUCUCUGUAUUGGGUCAUAUAGCUUAUAUAUCACAGAAACCUGUUUCUGAAGUUGCACAGUCUGGUUUUGGUUUGGCAUUCAUAGCCUACCCAGCAGCACUUGCAGAGUUACCGGUGGCUCCAUUGUGGUCCAUCCUAUUUUUUUUCAUGCUUGUCACUUUAGGCUUAGACUCCCAGUUUGCAUCUAUAGAAACUCUCACUACAGCCCUACAGGAUGAAUUUCCAAAUUACUUACGGUCCAGGAAGCCUCAUACCACAGUAAUCUGCUGCGUAGUUUUGUUUCUUCUUGGCCUGGUGUGUGUAACUCGGGCAGGAAUCUACUGGAUUAAUCUGAUUGAUCACUUCUGUGCUGGAUGGGUCCUCAUUAUAGCUGCUGUUUUGGAACUGAUAGCUGUUGGCUGGGUAUAUGGUGCAAACCGAUUUAUCAAAGAUAUUGAGAUGAUGAUUGGAGAAAAAACAUGGUUGUUCUGGCUGUGGUGGAGAGCCUGCUGGUAUUUCAUUUCACCAUGUUUACUUUUGAUUAUAUUGCUAUGGUCACUGGUAACUUUCAGUCCACCUUCCUAUGGAAGCACUAAAUAUCCUGCCUGGGGAAUUGCACUUGGUUGGUGUAUGAUUUCUUUCUGCAUAAUCUGGAUUCCCAUUCUUGCCAUAAUCCAAAUUGUUAGAGCAAAAGGAAGUUUGUGGGAGCGUAUCAAACAAGUUGCUUCACCUGCUGCUAACUGGGGUCCAGCUCUCGAGUGCCAUUACGGUGAACGUUACAAACAUUUGCUUGCAGCCAAGACAAAGGAGAGUCAUGUAAAUGUAUCGUAUAUUGAAACUGAUGAAUUUCAUGGACCAAUGACACGACUCUGAGAAGUGCAUUAUUCUGUAAUAUUUACAGGCUUAUACCAAAUACUGUUAACCAAACUUUAAAAAGUUUCUUCUUGUGGCACAUGGAUUAUGGAACUACAACAAAGGAGUUCUGUUAUACCAUCCUAAAAAAAUUCCAAUGGCUACUAGUGGAGAGUCUUGGGUAUAUUUCCAGCAUUUUUCCAGAGGUGAGAUGUACAAAGACAACAAACUUUUUUUUACCAAAAUGCCAACAUUUCAGAUGCUGCCACUACCAUAAAUUAUGCAUCACUGACUUGUACCAAAAUGCAAAAAGUAAGCAAAGCAGGAAUUUCUACAGCUUUGAAAGGAAUGAAAUAUUAAAAUAUGUUAGUCCGUAAGACUGAGGUUUCUCCAAUACAUUUGUAUGGUACAUAAAUUAAACACAAUAUGGAUCACUAAAAUUAAAUUAUUUGCAUUAUAACAGGGAACUUAAGCAAAAGAUAUUUUUCAGUCACUACAUUGUUCGUAACAAUAUGUUUAUCACAGUUCAGCUUGUGGAUGUGGAUGGUACCCUUUGCUAAUAAAAACAUUAUUUGUAACAGAGAUUAUUUAAAAUAAAAAAUUUAUAAAUUAAAAUAUUUCUU